AUGAUUAUUUUAUUCUUUAUUUCUCUAAUUACUUUUGUGAACUCCUUAUCAUUGAAAUAAGUUCUAUUGGCAAUUGAUUGUGGAGGAUAAGAAUCAUUUAAUUCUAAAGAAGGAUAUCUUUAUUAAGAUGUAUUAACUAAUUGUUAUUUCAGGAUUAAUAUUUUAGUGGUGAUUCAAGAGUAUCUGAUUACACAUAUAAUGAUGUUGUUUAUGCUGGAAUUGCAUAUACUUUUACUCCAAGAGUUUAUUUUACUGAAAGACAUGGCAAUUCAUUUGAUUAUAGUAUUCCAAUAAUUAAAGAUGGACAAUAUACAAUCAUUUUGUAAUUUGUUGAAGUAUUAUAUUUAAUCAAUAAAAGUUAUAUUUUGAAAAUGAGGGAGACCGAUAAUUUGAUGUUUUUAUUGGAACAAAUAGAAUAUUACAUAAUUUUUCAAUUAUUGAUAAUAAGCAUUAAAAGGGUUAUGCAAAGGAAGUGUUUAUUUAUAUUGAAAUUAAAGAUGAUAAAGUUUUCUAUAAUGAUUAAGAAUGUAGCAAAGGGUAUUUAAAUAAAAUAAUAUCAGAUUUGUUAAUGGAAAAUUAAAAAUUGGAUUUAGAAAAGGAGCUGCUGAUUUACCUAAGGUUGAUGGUAUAGUUAUUGUUAAAGGUCAUAAUGCUGGAGAAGAAGAAAAAAAUUAUUUAAUUGAUAAUUGGGAAUAAAUGUUAGAAGAAAAUAGAAAAAAAGAGGCAGAAUUAUAGAGAGCAGAAUUAGAAGCUUAAAAUAUGAUUGUACCUGAUUAAGUUGAACAAGAUGUAUAAUAUUUCUAUUAAUAUCAUAUCAGGAAGGUGAAGGACUAUUUUCAUUCUUAUUGUCACCUAUUGGAAUAGGAAUCAUUGUUUUUGGAAUGUCUGUUUUUGGAUUGUUAAUAUUCACAGGUGAAAACGAAGAAUAAAAAAAUAAAAAUAAAAAGAAAAAUAAGUCAAAAUGAUU